ACAUUAUCAGUUUAUUUGCAAGAAAAAAAUCGUUGGAUCAUACAAACAACGUCUGAGCAAUUUGCCAAGAGAACAAAGAUUGAAAAUGCUGUCCACGACAACUAUAGUUCUUUCAUUGAUGCUAAUGAUAUCGUCUAUUCUGUUAAAUUCUCUCGGGAUAUUUGUUUUAAAUAAACAACGAAAACGUAGAAGUAACAUACAGAAAUUAAUUUUAAUCAAUUUAAGCAGAAUUGAAAUCGUGAAAAUGACCCAAGAUAUCUGUGUAGUGAUUAUUUACCAAUACUUCGGCAUGAUUUAUGAGAACUAUAUGGUUUACUUCGAACUGAUGGAAAUUGGAACGCUAUCUAUUAUUUUUCUAUCAAUGAUAUUAAUCUCCGUUGAUCGAUUUCUUUGCAUUACAUUGGGAAUAAAAUAUAAAGCAAUUGUUACAAAAAGAAAUGUGAAAUUCUCUCUUGUAUUGAUUUGGAUUAUUGGCGUCAGUACUUCAAUUCCAUUUUUAUUUGCAAAAGAAAGAUCGCACAUCAAGUAUAUAUACUACGCUACUUUCGAUGCAUUGUUUGUUGUCUUCUCUGUGAUUGCUUACGCAAAAAUCGCGUUUUCGAUUCGCUCAAGGACCAAACGUAAACGAUCAAAGCCAAUUGGUGUGUUCAGAAAGUUAUACAUCGUUCCCUUUGGAAUCAUUACAACAUUUGUUCUGUUCAAUGUUAUUCCAGACACAGUGGAAGUCUUGGUAGUGCAUUAUAAUCGACCAUUCGAUUCUACAACAUACGAAGCUGUGUUCUGUUUUUACAUUAUCGGCUACAUUGCUGAUCCUUUAAUAUAUAUCUUUCUGAAUGCUGAAACCAGAGCUAUAGUGCAAAACAUAUUCUCCAAUAAUAGGAGAAGAAAUGCAUUUCCAGCAACGUCAUUUUUUACAAAAAUAACAUCAUUUCGAUCCGAGCGAAGUUAUAUGGAGUCGAAGAGAGUGCCACUUAGUCUAAGAAAAAAAUCUUGUCUGGUCAGGAAAUGUUGCGAAGGACAAUCCACUGAAUUAAUUUGUGAUAUUACCGGUAGCAAUAGUGGAAAAUUAGUGACGGCUGUAGAAAAAGUAUAACUCUAAUUCAUCAGAAAUCCAUUACAAGAAAACCUUAACGAAGUUAAAUAAUUUAGUUAUACAAAUAUAACUAAGAAAGGUUGUCUCAAGAAAUUUUUUUAAACACCAACUACUUAGCAGGUUUGUCACGGUUUUGAAAAUCGUUGGAAUAUUUUUCAAGGAUUUUAUGGAUUUGUGUGAUACGGCAAGGAUCAAAUUUUGAGACUAGUCUUGUAUGAAGCCGCACAAAUGUCGCCAACCGAAAGAUCAAGCAUUUUUGUCAAUGGAAAUUUGCAUUGUGGGUCUUGGUCCUCAGGCAUUUAGUAGUGAAUAUGCUCGAAAAGUCCAUUUAAAGGUAAAAUGAUAAUGGAAGAGAACACAACAUUAUACACAAUGCAAAUUAUGUCUGUAAUUUGCUUAGGAUUUGUGCUUUAUUAAUUUGAAAA